AUGACCGACAAGAAGACCGAAAAUGCGACGGUAGAGGUGGAUGGAGCGCAGUUCAGCACGGUGACGGAAGGCCUCGCGACAAUCUUGGUUCCGCAAGGCGCCAAGGUGGGAGAAGAUCGUGGCGAAGUGCAGCAAGUUUUCUACAACCCGAUCCAGCAGUACAACCGUGAUCUCUCUGUACUUGCAAUCAAGGCAUACGGCGAAGAGGCGCUAGAGAAGAGAAAAAAUCGCAAACAAACAAAAGAUGCCAAGCAUGGGAAGAAGCGCAAGAGAGGCGAUGAGAAUGGUACCAAAACUGAGGAGUCCGAACAGGCUGAGCAAGCUGAGCAGCCAGAACAGCAACCAGAGUCGGAGCCUGCUCCAGAUGGCCAGAACGCAGCCAAGACUACCAAGCCCUCUUUCAAAAUGCUAGAUGCACUUUCCGCUUCGGGUCUUCGAGCAUUGCGUUAUGCGCAUGAGCUGCCGUUUGUCACUUCCAUUACCGCCAACGACCUGUCAGCUUCUGCCGCCAAAUCAAUUAAGCAAAACGUCAAACACAACGGCGUCGAAGAUAUUAUCUCUGUGACAAAUGGUGAUGCUCUGUCAGUCAUGUACAGAACAAUCGCCGAUUCCCUCGCGAAUGGCGAGAAUAAUAAAUCAUGGAAGAAGUCAUCCAAAUUUGACGUUAUUGACCUAGACCCGUACGGAACGGCAGCUCCCUUUUUUGAUGCUGCUGUCCAGGCCGUACGUGACGAUGGCGGUCUGUUGUGCAUAACAUGCACAGAUAGCGCUGUGUGGGCUGGUCACUCAUAUUGCGAGAAGUCCUUUUCUCUCUACGGCGGCACCCCGAUUCAUGGCAUGCACUCCCACGAAGCUGGUCUACGACUCAUCAUCAAUGCAGUGGCCACGUCGGCAGCUCGAUAUGGACUGACAAUCGAGCCACAGCUCUCGCUCUCUAUUGACUUUUAUACCAAGGUCUUCAUCCGGAUCACGAAAUCACCGCAGGCAGUAAAGUUCCUCGGCUCCAAGACAAUGGUUGUACACAGCUGUGAUAGCGGCUGCGGCGCCUGGGAAACGCAGUAUCUGAUGCGGGCCAAGGCUGUGACGAAUAAGAAGGGAGACGGAGCGUACUACAAAUACGGCAUGUCUCUGGGGGUCGCAGAUCAGCUUUGCAAACAUUGCGGUACCAAGAUGCACAUUAAUGGUCCCAUGUAUGGUGGCCACAUUCACUCACGGCACUUUAUCGAGAGAUUGCUCAAGCAAAUACCAGAGGCCGACAGUCAAGUGUAUGGCACUCUCCCUCGCCUGCAAGGCAUGCUGCAGAAUGCGUUGGAAGAGCUGAUACCCGGUCCCGAAGAGACGGCUGCUCUUCCGCCUCGAGACAAGGAGUACGCCAGAAUUGAUCAUUAUCCGUUCUUUGUAAUUCCCGGCAAACUGGCGAGCACCGUCUCAUGCGCCACGCCAGGCGAUGAUAUCUUCAGAGGUGCCUUGAAGCAUCUCGGCUAUGUCGCCGGUCGCAGUCACUGCCGUCCGGGAAGCAUCAAGACGGACGCUCCGUGGUCAACGAUAUGGUGGAUCAUGGCAGAAUGGAUACGGCAAAAGGCUCCGAUCAAGACUUCAAAGUUCAAGCCGAAUACGGCGGCAUGGAGAAUUUUGCAGAAAGCCGGCCUUCUCCAGGAACAAGGCGGUGCUGGUGCCGACGCGGCUGAUAAGCAGCCCGAUGUACAAAUGGAGGGCGUCGAUGUAGAAGUGAAGGAGGCCAAGGAGGCUAGUACUGAGCAACCGGUGCCCAACGACAAAAAAGGCCUCACCGAAGAAGACCUGAGGAAAACUCUGGUGUUCAACGAUGCUCUUGUCCGACUGGGCCGAGAGGGCAAGGCGCAGAAUCUGGUCCGCUACCAGAUGAACCCUCGGGAGAACUGGGGGCCACUGACCAAAGCAAAGAGCAACUAA